AUGGAUUACAAGUCAAUUGUCUUUCGCGAGUUUACACAAGAAUCAUUUCAACGUAUUGAACGUUAUCGACAAGAAGAAGCUGAACGCAUUGCUUCUGAACGAUUAGAACGGCAAACAAUACGUGAAGAAGAUAAUGAUAAACGUCAUUGUAUGAAUAAUUCAACGAAAGAUGAAGCAAAUGGUCCUAAACAAAGGCCUAAUAAAGAAUUAGCUGUUGGACAAAAAUUACCACGACUUUUACAAAAUAAAUUUCCAACUGAACUUAUUGGAAAACCAAUUGAAGAAAUCGAUUCCUAUUAUCGUACAGAAUAUAUAUUUGUUGUUAUUAAUCAAAAUCAUACAAUAUUUCGAUUUAGUGCAACAUCAGCUUGUUUUAUAUUUUCUCCAUUUAAUUGCUUUCGACGUUUAGCUAUACGUAUAUUAACACAUUCACUUUUUAGUACAUUGGUUAUGCUUACUAUUUUAAGUAAUUGCAUAUUUAUGACACUUAGAAAUCCACCAGAAAUAACUGAAUAUGUUUUUACAAUCAUUUACACAUUUGAAGCAUUAACAAAAUGUGUUGCACGAGGAUUUAUUCUACAAAAAUACACAUUUUUACGUGAUCCAUGGAAUUGGUUAGAUUUUAUUGUAAUUACACUUGCAUAUAUAACAUUUUUUGUCGACUUGGGAAAUGUUGCAGUACUACGAACAUUUCGUGUGUUAAGAGCAUUAAAAACUGUUGCCAUUGUACCUGGUUUAAAAACAAUUGUUAAUGCUUUAAUACAAUCUUUUAUUUCUCUACGAGAUGUAUCUGUGUUAUCAAGUUUUAUUCUUUCUAUAUUUGCUUUGGUUGGAGUUUAUUGGUAUAAAGAAAAUGAUCUUUAUGUUCUUUGUGGUAAUGCAAGUGGAAGUACAAAAUGUCCUGAUGGUUACGUUUGUUUGAAAGAUCGAGGGAUAAAUCCUGAUUUUGGAUAUACGAGUUUUGAUAAUUAUGGUUGGGCUAUGCUUGCAUGUUUUCGAUUAAUGACACAAGAUUAUUGGGAAAAUCUUUAUCAAUUAAUAUUGUCAGCAGCUGGUCGUUAUCAUUUUUUAUAUUUUCUUGCUAUCAUAUUUUUUGGUUCAUUUUAUUUGGUUAAUUUAAUCUUAGCUAUCGUCUCCAUGUCUUAUCUAGACCAACAAAAACUUGUUGAAGCUGAAAAUGCAGAACGUGAAAGACGUAAAAUUGAAGAUGACAUUGAAUUAAAAAAUGAAAAAAUACGAAAACCAUCAAACGCUCAUGCACUUUUACAUGUCGGAAAUGGACAAUGUUUUGAAGAUCGAAAUGGUAAAAUUCCACAUUCCGCUGUAUCUGUUGAAUAUGAACAAAAUGAAAAAAAAAAUGAAUUAAAUAAUAUACGAUCAUUUCACAUACCACUAUCAACGAUUGAAUUCGAUAAGUCAAAUUUUAUUUUAUCUAAUGCAACAAUAAGUAAGGCUAUAACGAUACCAAUUUUGGAUGAAACACAACAAAAUUCAGCAAAUGAAGACAAAAAAAGUCAACGAACAAUCGGCUAUCCUAAUUUAUCACAACGAAAUCAAAAUCAUAUUGAUUCAGCUAUUACAGCUGCUGUUGCUUUUUUUAUAUUGGAUGCAUUUGUUGAUUUAUUUAUUACUAUAUGUAUUAUAUUAAAUACAUUAUUCAUGGCACUUGAUCAACCUGGUCAAAGUGAAAAGAUGACACGAAUUUUAACAACAGGCAAUUAUAUUUUUACAACUAUAUUCACAGCUGAAUCUGUACUAAAAAUAAUUGCAAUGACACCAGCUAAAUUUAUGAAAAAUGGAUGGAAUGUAUUUGAUUUAUUAAUUGUUACAGUUAGUCUUAUUGAAUUAGGUCUUGCCAAUGUAAAAGGUUUAAGUGUUUUACGUUCAUUUCGUUUAUUACGUGUAUUUAAAUUGGCUAAAUCUUGGCAAACAUUGAAUCGUCUUAUGUCAAUUAUUGGUAAAUCAUUGGGAGCUUUAGGAAAUUUAACAUUGGUUCUUAUUAUUAUAAUAUUUAUUUUUGCUGUUGUGGGAAUGCAGUUAUUUGGUCAAAAAUAUGCAGAUAAAUUUGGUAAAGAUAUGCCAAGAUGGAAUUUUUUUGAUUUUUUUCAUGCAUUUAUGAUUGUCUUUCGUGUCUUGUGUGGUGAAUGGAUUGAAUCAAUGUGGGUAUGUCUUGAAUGUGCUGGAUGGCCAUGUAUUCCAUUUUUUCUAUUAACGUUUGUCAUCGGUAAUCUUGUGAUACUAAAUUUAUUUUUGGCACUUUUACUUGCAUCAUUUGGUUCGAAUGUUUUAACUGAAAAAGAAGAUGAAGACAAUAAAAUUGCUGAAGCAAUUGAUCGUAUUCAACAAUUUUUUCAUUUUCUUAUUAAAUUUUUUUUUCGUCUAUUUGAUCGAAAAAAACAAAGACAACAAAAAACUUCUAUCGAAAAUAAUAAUACCAAUGAAGCUUCACUUACUGCUACACAAGAAUCAAUUAUUAAUCUACCUUUACCAAUCUUAAAUAAAUUAGAAGAAUGUAAUAAUGCUUUCGUCAUUUCAACUAAUGACUUAUCAAUAGUACAUGAAGAUAUUGGAAGACAAUCAAUAAAUACUAAUUCUAUAACAUCUCCUCCAACAUGGCAAGUGCUUCAUAUGCCACCAAAUUGUUGUCCUACAAUUAUAUCAAAGCAUUUUUCUUGUUGUGCGAAAUAUAUUCCAAAAUUGAUUCAAGAACAAUGGACAUAUCUUCGUAGUCUCGUUCUUUGUAUUGUUGAACAUCAUUUUUUUGAAUGGUUUAUUAUUAUUAGUAUAUUAGCUAGUAGUACAACUUUAGCUUUAGAAGAUGUAAAUACACGACAACAGCCAACAUUUUCUGAAGUUUUAGCUAUAUUUGAUAAGAUUUUUACAGUUAUAUUUACAAUUGAAUUAAUAUUAAAAUGGUUUGCAUACGGAAUAAGACAUUACUUUACAAGUGGUUGGAAUUGGUUAGAUUUUAUUAUUGUAGUUGUUAGUGUUCUUGGAACUGUUCUUGAUAUAUUUGAUGUAGCUGAUAUUCCAGCAUUUAAAUCCAUGAGAACAUUAAGAGCUUUACGUCCAUUAAAAGCAUUAUCAAGAUUUGAAGGAAUUCGAGUUGUUGUCAAUGCAUUAUUUGGUGCCAUACCAUCAAUUUUUAAUGUUUUACUUGUUUGUCUUGUAUUUUGGUUGAUAUUUUCAAUAAUGGGUGUACAAUUAUUUGGUGGAAAAUUUUAUAAAUGUGUUUAUGUUGGUACACAUGAUCGUGUUCAUAUAUCCGAAAAUAUAACGAAUAAAAUUGAUUGUUUAAAUAGAAAUUUUACAUGGGAAAAUUCACGAAUUAAUUUUGAUAAUGUUCUUAGUGGUUAUUUGGCUUUAUUUCAAGUUGCAACUUUCAAAGGUUGGAUUGAAAUAAUGGCUGAUGCAACUGAUGUCAAAGAAAUAGACGUUCAACCAGAAUAUGAGACUAAUGUUUAUAUUCUUAUUUAUUUUGUGUUAUUUAUUAUAUUUGGUUCAUUUUUUACUCUCAAUUUAUUUAUUGGUGUUGUUAUUGAUAAUUUUAAUCAACAAAAACGAAAAUUAAGAGCUGAUGGUUCAUUAGAAAUGUUUAUGACAGAAGAUCAAAAAAAAUAUUAUAAUGCUAUGAAAAAAAUGGGCAAUAAGAAACCGACUAAAGCAUUACCAAGGCCAAGAUUUGCUCUUGCAAGAUUUCUUUUUGAUUUAACAACAAAUCAAAAAUUUGAUAUAUUUAUAAUGAUAUGUAUUUUUCUUAAUAUGCUUUGUAUGUGUCUUGAACAUUAUAAUCAAAGUCGUACUUAUGAUCUUGUUCUUGGAUAUAUGAAUAAUUUUUUCGUUGCAAUAUUUACUAUUGAAUGUAUUAUCAAAUUGAUUGCAUUAAAUUUUAAAUAUUUUACUAUUCCAUGGAAUGUAUUUGACUUUAUCAUUGUAAUUGCAUCAAUUCUUGGACAAACAUUAGGAGAAAUUAUGGCACAAUUUUUUGUUCAUCCAACAUUAUUACGUGUAAUUCGUGUUGCACGUGUUGGAAGAAUAUUGCGUUUAGUGAAAGGAGCCAAAGGUAUUCGAACAUUACUUUUUGCAUUAGUUGUUUCAAUGCCUGCUUUAUUAAAUAUUGGUCUUCUUCUUUUUCUUGUCAUGUUUAUCUAUUCAAUAUUUGGAAUGUCAUUUUUUGCUUAUGUAAAAAAAUCAGCUGGUAUAACAGAUUUAUUUAAUUUUGAAACAUUUCCUAAUUCAAUGAUUGUACUUUUUCAAAUGUGUACAACUGCCGGUUGGUCUGGUGUCUUUCAAGCAUUAACAAAUGAUCGACCACCAGAUUGUAAUCCAACUAUAAAUACACCAUCAAAUAAAGGUGAUUGUGGUGAUGCGGCUAUUGCAACGCCAUUUAUUGUCAAUAUGUAUAUUGCAGUAAUAUUAGAAAAUUUUUGUCAAGCACACGAAGAUGUGCAACAAGGCUUAACUGAUGAUGAUUAUGAUAUGUAUUAUGAAAAAUGGCAACAUUUAGAUCCAUCGGGUUCACAAUUUAUACGAUAUGAUCAAUUAUCAGAUUUUGUUGAUGGUCUUGAACCACCAUUACGUAUACCUAAACCAAAUCAUUUAGCGCUUGUUGCUAUGGAUUUACCCAUAUGUGAACAUGAUCGUAUGCAUUGUGUUGAUAUACUUGAUGGUCUUACAAAAUAUUUUCUUGGUACACUUCAUGCGUCAGUAGCAAGUACUGAAGCUGAUGCACCAAUUGAUAUAAAAAAAGAUCGUCCAAAAGAUUAUCAUCCUAUAACAACAACCGUACAACGUCAUCGUGAACUUUAUUUAAGUCGAAUAGGUUUAAAAGGUUUUCGAACUAAUGUUGAACGACGUCAAAAUGAACGACAAAAUCAAAAAUCAAUACUUAAAGAAGCUACCAUUGAUAAGUUCAUUGAAUCAGAUGACUUACAAACACCAACAUGA